AAUAAAAAAUGUAAUAAACCAUGGGAUCUGAGACUGAGACAAAACACAAAGAGGAGAGAGAGAGAGAGAGGAAAUAGAUAGAGAGAUAAAGUUGAAGUUCAACACCGACCGGACUUUCGGUGCUCCGCUGAUCACCGUUGUGGCUCCCACCUCUCCGUAUUUUACGCUCUAAAGGACCACAUGUCUAACAUAGAGGCUGACAAAGAAAUCGGACAGAUGGAUUUGGAUGCGUCUGAGGGGUCAGUUAACAUGCCAUCGUCCCAAAAGCAGGAGGAAACUUUAAAGAAAAAAUAUGGAGGAAUUGUGCCCAAAAAGCCACCACUUAUUUCUAAGGACCAUGAGCGUGCUUACUUUGAUUCUGCCGAUUGGGCAUUGGGAAAGCAAGGCGGUGAGAAGCCAAAGGGACCACUUGAGGCUCUUCGGCCUAAACUACAGCCAACACAGCAGCAAACACGGUACCGGAAAUCUCCUUACGCUCCUUCGGGCGAAGAAGGUGGAAGUAUUCCAUCUGAGGAUGCAGCUUCUUCCAAUGAGUAAGCAGCAAUCAAUGUUUUGAUGAUGUGCUGAAUAUUAUUGUUCUGAUAAUAACUUUUUGUUGUUUUCAACAAUAAAAUAGAAGUUUAUUAUUAUAUGUAUUCAUGUUAGCACAAGACAAAUUAUUUGACCUGCAGCUAUAUGCUGUAGACACUUCUUGUGAUUAUGAUUUUACUCUUCUUCCCCCUC